CGAGAUGCUAUAGGCCAAAAGGCAAAGCAACAACUUUGAAAUUUCAAGCUGAAAGAACGCGUAGCAGGUUGACUUUUCGUACAACUACUUUGAUGACACCUUACGGGUUGGUGGUUAUCGCAGUAAAUUCGACUUUUCCGUUAAAGAAACUAUCAAAAUCACGUUUUCCUGACUUAAGGUGCGAUUGUUUUGUGUGUAUAAGUGUAGUUCUGGACACUUUGGUGACAUUCAUCAGAUGUUCAAUGAUUUCUAAGGUUUAUUGCCGAGGUGUUUGAAGGUGUAGCAUUCGAGAAUAUCUGCCACACUUCUGAAGGUCAAUCCUUGCAAAAACAAAGGAAAAAUAAAGGCUGGAAAACGUGGAUCCGGCAAUGACGGUACGCUAACUGGGAGUAUGGGAUCGCCGGAAUGGGCAUGCGCACAGACCCACUGGGCAAGUCUCGUCCGCUGACCACCACUACGUUACCGUUGCUGAAGAAGAACAGCCAUCUUUUCUACGUCCUCUUUCCCCUUGUAGCUCUCAUAGUUGUUGCAAAAGGUGCUGGUUUUCAAGAUGCCGUGCACAUUACCGCGAUCCUGGGUGAGUCGGUGGUCUUCAACUGUCACGUUGAAUUUCCCGAAGGUCACCCAGUGCCGUACGUGUUGCAAUGGGAGAAGAAGGUAGGCGACACGGGACAGGACAUACCGAUCUACAUAUGGUACGAGAGCUACCCGACGCACAGCGGCGAGGGGUACGAGGGGAGGGUGUCCAGGGUGUCCCCCGACUCCCCCUACGGGGCCGCCUCGCUCAACCUGACGAACAUCAAGGAGUCGGACCAAGGAUGGUACGAAUGCAAGGUCGUCUUUCUCAACCGUUCCCCGAACCAGCACAAGAACGGCACCUGGUUCCAUUUGGACGUCCACGCGCCGCCCAGGUUUGUCGUGACGCCCGAAGACAUCAUCUACGUCAACCUAGGCGACGCCAUCAUACUCAACUGCCAGGCAGAGGGAACGCCCACACCUGAGAUCCUAUGGUAUAAGGAUGCCAAUCCGGUCGAACCUUCUGCUACCAUAGGCAUCUUCAACGACGGCACCGAGCUACGUAUCAGCAACAUCAGGCACGAGGACAUCGGGGACUACACAUGUAUAGCCAGGAAUGGAGAGGGUCAGAUAUCGCAUACGGCAAGGGUGAUCAUAGCCGGUGGAGCUGUCAUAAUGGUACCUCCGACCAACCAGACGAAGCUCGAGGGCGAAAAGGUUCAGUUCAACUGUGAAGCCAAAGCCCAACCAGGCAACGUGACCGUCAAAUGGUUCAGAGAGGGAGCUCCUGUUAAGGAACUGUCUUCUUUGGAGACCAGGGUGACCAUCAGAAGGGACGGUUCUUUGGUCAUCAAUCCUGUAAGCUCCGACGAUACAGGACAGUACCUCUGCGAAGUGAGCAAUGGCAUAGGAGAACCCCAGUCAGCGUCAGCAUAUCUCAAUGUAGAAUACCCCGCCAAGGUGACCUUCACCCCCACCAUCCAGUACCUCCCGUUCCGGUUGGCCGGCGUCGUCCAGUGCUACAUCAAGGCCAACCCCCCACUCCAGUACGUUACGUGGACCAAAGACAAACGUUUGCUCGAACCUUAUCAGACUAAUGACGUGGUAAUCAUGAAUAACGGUUCGUUGUUGUUUACGCGUGUGAACGAAAACCACCAGGGCAGGUACACAUGCACCCCCUACAACGCGCAGGGCACCCAGGGCUCAUCCGGCCAGAUGGAGGUGCUGGUGCGGAAACCCCCGACCUUCACGGUAGAGCCGGAGGCCAUGUACCAGCGGAAGGUGGGAGAAACUGUGGAGAUGCACUGCGAGGCCCUGGAAGCGGAGGGGACGCAGAAACCCACGGUUCAAUGGCAGAGGAGGGAUGGCAACGCGCUUCCAAAGAACCGGGUGAAGAUAGUGGGAGGUAAUAUUACCAUUGAAAGUUUGCGCAGGUUCGACUUCGGGUUCUACCAGUGCGUCGCGUCCAAUGAGGUGGCUACGAUUGUGACUGCGACUCAGUUGGUCGUGGAGGGGACGCAGCCGCAUGCGCCGUAUAACUUGACAGGAACCUCUACAGAAUUCUCAGUGACCUUGAGUUGGCUACCAGGCUACAGCGGAGGUCCCGAUUACAAACAGGAUUACACCAUCUGGUACAGAGAAUCUGGAGUGACGGAAUGGUCCACUAUUCCUGUGACUCCCUCAGGAAGCACCCAGAUCACCAUCAACAGUUUGGCGCCUGCUACCAACUACGAGUUUCAGGUUAUCGGGAAGAACGCCCUUGGAGACGGCAUGAUGAGCAAGAUCAUCACCGUUCGCACCAUAGAUGUUGCUAUUUCACACAAAGUUUCCAUAACGCCAACACCUUUCUUGACACCGGACGAGAAUGCUGAUAUUUUAGAUUAUAGUAAUGUUAUUUUGCCUACCGAUUCGACUGGAACAGCAUUCGUACCGCCUAUCUACAAGCCUAAAGCCAUAUCGUUAUCACAUUCUUCAUCUCUAGGGCCGAAACCAGGUGUUCCAAGAAACUUGACUGUCACCGAAAUCAGCAACGGGUUCCUAAUCACGUGGCAACCUCCCAUUGAAAGAGCCAACCUUAUUCGUCAUUACGUCAUCAAGUAUAAGACGGAUGGACCUUGGAAGACCCUCAACAAGGCAUCUAUAAGGCCAGAGGAUACGCAUUAUUUAGUUAAAAAUUUGGUGGGUGGUCGCACCUACUACUUCAGGAUAUUCGCCUACUCGUUGAAGAGUUACGAGACAAGCGAAGAAGUGAAGUUUUCCGUACCUGCUAGAGUUAAACACAAGGCCAUCACUGCCGGUGUGGUCGGGGGAAUUCUUUUCUUUAUAGUUGCCAUUAUUCUAUCAGUUUGUGCCGUUAAAAUUUGCAAUAAAAGGAAAAGACGAAAACAGGAAAAAGCGUACAACAUGGUCGCCUGUAGAAUAACGGAUGCAAGGAAUGGGGCUAAUGCUACAGACAGUCAAGUGCCUUUGAAAAAACAUAGCAAAGGCGGAAUACCAGGUCUGAAGAUACUCCAUUUCGUCCUGAAUUGGAUCUGGCCCGAAGAUAGAUGCCGUUCCGGCAGCAGUCUAAGUUGGCACCCUGACUACUUCCAUCCGGGAUCACCAUCGAAGUCUCUGGCGCGCAUAUCAAGAGCAGCAGACGGCCGGUUCAUCCUAAUGGACUCCCUACUGAGUCUAAGGGCUGAAAGUCUUUCCAAUGCAAGCAGUAGUGACGAUGGAGGCUUCCUACCCUCCAGAAAGGGCGUAAGGAACCGCGCCUCGUGGAGGAGACCGCUGGUAGGGUACCCCAGCCAGCUCAGCAUAAGAUCCGACGCUUCCGGUCAGAGCUCCAAGGGAAUUCAAGGACUGCUGAGGAUAGCCAACAGGACGCAGUAUCCGCUGAAACCCAUACCUACCAUAUACAGCCCGGCAACUCCCAAGUUUCAGUCCAGCUCUCCGGAUACUUCCAGCGCCUUGCUUUUAUCCCCUUGGACACCAAUGUACUUUAGCGAUUUGAGCUCCGUGAGGUAUCCAAGCUCCGGAGAACGUUCUUAUCCCACUCCUCCAGGAUUUGUGCAGCUCAGAUCGAUGCAUGAAAGGUAUUCCCAGGAGUUGCCGUCUUUGAGAGCCAUCCACGAGGAGUCGCAGGUGUUCAUCCCAGUCCACCCCAUCAGAGACAGCCCAAACUCCAGGAUAAGGGUACCCCCGCCUUAUCCAGCCAUCACCGGGACCAGACCUAGAGCCAGACUGCUUCCUAGACACGCCAGAAUCGCAAGAAGCGCACCAGAGUUAGGAUCGCCAGACCACCUGGAUAGAUCUCCGGAGAGCCGAUCGAGUUCCAGCGGUUUCGGUAGUAAGAACACCUCUGGGACGCAGAACCAGAGCAGCCAGAGCGGCAGCACGUUUACAGAAUGGCGUCUGCCGCCUUACAGACCACCACCCCCGCCACCUUCGGCUCUACCACCUCCACCACCUCUGGUAGUCGGAAGAUGGUUGGAGAUGGCUUCAUCAUCGCCUUCUACGUCUGAGCCUUUUCACAAGGCUGUUGACGUGGGGAGCGUGGACGGCCACUAUGAGUUCGAUCCUUCGACCCCCACCCCAACACCGUCCACUCCCAUAGGUUCCCGGGACAUCGACCUGGAGCCCGUUUCUUCCAGAAGGAGUCUUGGCACAGUGCGCGGCCGCUACGAUAACAUAGACGCGAGGGUGCAGGCCAUGAAGGAGGAGUUCAACGAAUUCAGGAAGAGGCAGGCGAAGAGACAACGGGUGGUUCAGGAGUUGGAGAGUGCCUGUUGACUGUUGAAGAAGUGCGCGUGUUAGUAUUCGAAAUGACCAUGAAACUCUGACGGAUAGUGAGGUUUAUCGUUGUCGCAAGUUUUUAAUUCAUCGGUUCCUCUUUAGAUGUGUAAGUUCGGACAUGAUUUCGUGAGAAGGUUUUAGGUUAGGUGCAACUUGAAGAAUUUUUCAGGAGGAAAGAGUCAAUAUUGUAAUUUUCGAAAUAUUUUUUCGGUUUAUUUUUGGCGCAUGAAACUUUAUGGACUUGGUCCGCUACUUUUGUCGAGGAAGUGUUCAUUUUAACUGUAGCAAAGUUGAACAAAGAAGGACGUUUCACUUCGAAUGGAGCCAGUGAGAAUUUUUUAUUUUUUUGAUAUGUAUACAUCAACGUGUCCCCGAGUAAAUGUAACAAACUGAUAGGCUAUAUAAUACUAAUAAAUAUAAGAAUAAACAUUCUGUAACCAUGAAUCCUAACCAUUUUCAUUUCCAAGACACAGACUGUUAAAGUAUGUUAAACUUUUUAUUAUCAACCUAUCUACCUACUCCACAGGAAAUGUUUGAAAGAUGCAAGAAACAUUAUUAAUUAACUGUCUAGGAACAGUGUGAAUGUUUUGAGUAUUAAAAAUAUCUUCAACCAUUUUGGAAUAAACUCAAUAAACAAAUUAUUUUUUCCAAUUUCAACACACUGACUCUGGGAAAUAAAAAGAGUUAGAACCCAUAUUUGUAAGAACAUUUGUCUUACUUUUAUCGGUACUACCUAGUUUAUCAGUUUUUUACACCUAAUCUCGACACCCUGAAUUUGGUGAAGAUAGGUACUUAAAGCGUUUAAUUUUUGCAAGACUUCCAAACAUGAACCACAUGAACGCAUUCAAUCUAUCAAGAAAUCAGCAUGAAUUAUUCCGAUUGAUUUCUGGAAAGACAUAUCAAAAAAUUUAAGGAUUCUCCAAGUCUGCAAGAUUUAUUGUAGAAGUGCUAUUCUGUUGUAUCAAUAGUAAACCUACUUGAGCGAUAUUCACUUCAUUGAACUGCUUCAAAAUUAGGAAUCCUGAUUGUAAUCCCACAAAUUUUAAUUCUAUCUUGUCAAAUUAGAGUUCUUAUAGUUCCGAGCAAGAGAUGCAUUGCCAGUAUAAAUAAUUAUUUAACACGGUACCUAAAAAUGUUCGACAUGUAACAGAGAUAUUCCUAAAUAAAAGGGACCAAAAAUCAGUAAAGUUAUGUCCAAAUGUUUAUUCAUUCUUCUUGUUCAUUGAAAGAUAUACAAUUUUUUUUACAUGAAAAUUAAUAUUAUUGAACUAUAUUGAAAAAUAACUGAUGAAAUACAUUGAACCACAAGUUUAUCUAUAUGCCAUGAGCAUUUAUUUUAUUUCUUUUUUCAUUGGCACUGCUUACUGAAUAGAUGGUAUUGAUUCCAGAAGUCUUCCUAAAUACUUAAUAGGAAAUGUUUUCCAAUAAAACAUGUCGACAAUUUGGAUUCCAUUUUUCUCUUAUAAGGAGAUUAAAUGCAAAAUGUUUCAUGUCCUAAUAUUUUUUGUCAGAUGUAUGUUAAACCAUAAACUAGUGAUAGCGCAGUAAAACUUGAUAACUGAUAUCCCUAAGAAAUUAAAAAAAAAAAGCAGUUCUACAAGUGAAUAUUUGUUUUCAAUAUCAAUAUGAUGAGGUUUACCAUUGAGUUACAUAGGUAAUAAUCUUUUCCAUAAUGUAAUUAUCUCAUAAGAAUAAUCGAUAAACUGACAAUGAUAAAUCGAAAUGUGCAGUAAAUAAGCGAAUGAUGUUCUAAACUAAAUUUUAAACAGACCAAAUUUUGAAGGAAUAUUUGUGUUCUUGGCAUAUCUGCCUUCAUAAAACUUACUCAUCUUGAUUUGUAUCAAAUAUUUUGCCAUUAUUACCUUAUAGAACGAAGUAUAAAUAUGAAAUUCAAUAUAUGCAUUAUCAAAUCACAUACAAUUGCCAUAAUAUUACCACACUUGCCACCUCAUUGUGGUUAUUCGUAAGAAGUGUGUUUGUCCAAGGGCAACGGAUUGUCCAUUUUUCUCUUCUUAAUAUUUUGAGGGUAUAUUCCCUACCACCCAAUAAAUCUAACGCUUUAUCGUGGUCCAGACCUGGAUCGCGACAAAACAUUUUACACAAGAGGCUGUUGCGAAUAGUAGAACUAGAUGUUUAGAUUGUUAAAGUACCUUCGCUCUCUGAGCACUUUAUUAUAAUUUAUCUUGAUUGUUACUUCCUAAAAAGAAUAUAAAAUCUCUAGUUUUAUGCAAUUUAAGUUUUUUUUAACAUUCUCAAUUGUGAGAAUCCAUUCAAAUAAGGAUCUUACUAUUCAUAUCUCCCACUUUUUGUCCUUAUCUAUGUUCAUUUUUAGAAUAACUGAAUCGAUCAUUGAAAAUUGAUCUUGAGCUGAAAAAAGUUCCGAAUAUAAUUGUUUGAAUGGAUUCAUUCCAAUAAUACUAAGUCUGAUCCUUUUUUCAAAAGUGAGACAUUGAUUAUAAUAAAUCGAUAUUAAUUUAAUGUAAAUAACUGAAGAUAAUUAGAAUAGUGCAAGAGGUGUUCAUAUUUGUCUUUAAUUUAUUAAUUUAUAAUUGAAACGUUGUAUAGUGAUAUUAGAUAUUAUGACUAUCUGAAAUCAGUACAACCUGUUAUUUAUUUUCUUAUUUUUUUGUCAUGAAAACCGAAUAAUUGGAAGAUUUAAAAUUAAAAAUUUGGAGUUGCUUUUUCUGUGUUUGUAAGUAUUCAUCAUAUGGAAUAAUUAAAUUUCUGAAUAACAUGAUUUGAAUCCAUUUCUGCCUACAUUCCAAAUUCAAUUUGCAUGCUUCAAGCACUUAAUCUUUUUUGGAAAGCGAUUCAAAUAUUUUUCUCAUUGUAUAUUAUUGAAUAAGUAUCAUUUCACAGCACACUUCAAUUUAGCAGUAGAAUUUUUAGUUUUAAGUGUUGAGUAGAUUAACAGUUGUUACUAUGUAACUACGCUGUAUAAAGUAUCACCUAAAUACAAUAAUGUUGCCAGAUCUCAAAA